UUCCUUUCCUUUGAAGUCUCGAACUCCCCACCCUCUUCUCUUAAUUCAGGAUGACAUUCAGAGCCCAUUAUGCCUGACUGCCAUGUCUAUGUGGAUUCCCUGCAUGUAUGCUAUUAACUUUGAGUUUCUCCUGUUCAUCUGUCUCAUGUCAAUUUGAUUCUUGGUGCAGCUAGAAGGACCUUGAAGGGGACAGGAACUCUGGGGACUGGCCCACAGCACCUUCUCCUCCUCCUGCUGGCAAAGCCCUUGGCCGCUCCACCUCCUACCCCACUAUCCCAACAAGGCCUUCUGAAGUGGUAGGUGGCAGGAAGAAGGCCCCAUGGGCUUUAUCUUAGGAAGGCUAGUCUGGUAUGCGCUGGUGGAGAGGGUGGCCCUGGGCCCAUGGACCAGAUGUUGGGACAGAUUGACUUGAGGAAUGGAGAUUACCAGAAAUUGCAUUUUGAGCACAUCUGAGCUCACAGGGUAGACAGCUCUACAAAGGUUCCAGUAGCCAGUGGAGGUCCAGAACUGAGUUGGGGGAUGGAGGUGGCAGGAAGUAGGUGUGCAGAGACUGGAGGUGGUGCUAGAGAGGGGAGCAGGGGCCCUCCCCGGAGAGAAGGCCAUCAGGGCCAGAUUCCAGGAGAUGCUGAGGUGAAGAACCAGAGUAAAGAGAGGGGACACCUCAUCACAUCAGCUAUACGCUCCCAAAAGACGGCACUCCUCUUCUCGUAAUUAAUGAAAUUAGGAAGUAACUGAAGAGAAAAAAUAAAACAUAGAUGAGAGAAACUAUAAAAGAUUAACUUAGAGAAGUACAAGGUAGGUUGCCUCUGAGCUCAGUUCCAGUCCCAGAGGGCAGGGGGCAUUAGCUGAGCACCAGGGAGACAACCCAGGCAGGCAGGACAUGAGGCUGCUCCGGAUUCUGCUCCUUCUCGUCAUCCAAGGCCACUUCUCCAUCUCCCAGGAGGCGACGGUUAGAGGCACAGAGGGGGGCACAUUGACGGCAUACUGUGAGUAUAGUCCAGGAUGGGAAUCCUACAAGAAGUGGUGGUGCCGCGGAAAGUACUGGAAUUCCUGCAGAAUGCUUGUUAAAACCACUGGGUCAGAGCAACUGGUGAAGAAGGGCCGUGCGUCCAUCCAGGACAAUCACAGUCGCCACACUAUCACCAUGACCUUGGAGAAUCUCUGGUAUGAUGAUGCAGACAUCUACUGGUGUGGGAUUGAGAGAACCGGCUCUGACCUGGGGUACAAAUUUUCCAUGGUUGUCGACCCAGCACCAGAUCCAACAGACUUUCCCACAACUGUGCCAAGACCCACAAUGGCAAGUCAUACCUUGCUUCCAUCUACCCAGGGCCUCACCAGCAGUCAGCCCGUGAUCAACCCUGGCAGCAGGUCGGGGACCCUGGUCUCUUCCGUAGCAGCCCAGAAUCCUCCGGCGUGGAUCCUCCUGGUGCCACUCUUCCUUGGGACCCUGCAGUGGCUCUGCCAAGGAUAACGGCCUCUUACAUCAUUCAGGACUCUGGCCAAUGAUGGCUUUUACAGGACCAGACCAACCAGGAACCAUAAAACUGGAAUUAAAUCCCAAAGCCCCCGAGUGUUCCAAUGGCCAGAGACCCCUUAUGGGUCAGGUGUACAGAGGUUGCCCAUUCCACCUGCUGCUGAUUCGGUGCCUCCUGCAGAAAGAAUGCCUGAAUGUUAAAGAUUGCAGACAGGUGGACCAUCCCCGACUCUCAUCCCAUCUGUUUGCUCCAUACAUUUCCUAUUAAAUCUAUGACUUACCCGGG